GCUCGCGGGGAGUGAGAGCAAGUGACUAGUGAACGGCAGAGACCCAAGGAGUGCUUUAUUAUUCUGGUUUUUUUUAAUAAGUACUCUUCUGUGAUUAUUUCAAUCCAAAAUGCUGUUUUAGUUCAUAUGUAUAUUUACUAUGUAGUACUGUUACGUGAGCAGAUGGGGGCGGUGUCUUACUGACUGCUAUCAGCUGUAUAAGCUUUAUUAUUUUUUAAUUUCGGUGAGUGGACAGUAGUUUUAUAGUGUCCUACUGACUGUUGUUCUCACCAGCGGUGUGAUGGCGAAGUCGGUACUGUGAUUAUUUGGAAUAACUAAUCAUUUUUAUACCUUUAGUGGUAUUCAGGGGACAUACACAUUGACUCUCCAAAUGGAUUUGAAGAAAGUGCUGUCCUUCCCACCUUAUCCUGGGGAUUACCUGCAUCCAGUGGUCUAUGCUUGCACAGCCGUCAUGCUGCUCUGUCUGCUGGUCUCCAUCAUGACAUACAUAAUCCAUCACAGUGUGAUUCGCAUCAGCAGGAAUGGAUGGCACACACUCCUCAACGUCUUGUUUCACACAGGAAUGACUUUUGGCGUUUUUGCCGGAGGCAUUAAUCAGAUCAAAUUCCCUUUUGUGUGUCAAAUCGUUGGCAUUGUGCUCCAGUAUGCGUCUUUGUCAACCAUGCUAUGGCUGACAUUCACUGCCAGAAACAUCUGUAAAGAUGUGUCCAAAGACCAACUCAAAGUCCCGGGAACAAACGCUACUGCCCAGGCUAACAGCAAAACAACAAUUCUCAGAUUUUAUCUCGUGAGCAAUGGCAUCCCGCUACUAAUUGUUGGAAUAACUGCAGCCUUUGGUAUGGAAAACUACGGAAGCAGGGAUAAUGCACUGUAUUGCUGGAUGGCUUGGGAACCGAGCCUGGGCGGCUUCUACGCCCCGAUGAGCUUCUUGCUCUUAGUCAUGUCUGCGUACUUUUUAUGCACUUACGUUCAGCUCAGACGCCACCCUGACAGGAAGUAUGAGCUCCGAAUCCUGAGUGAAGAGCAACAGCAGUUAUCAUCGCCGGAGCAGCAGUAUCACCCCGACACCGGGGGUACUUGUGGGUCUGCUGGGGAAUGUGCAACAUUCCCUACAGGCAUAUCGGAGCUUGCCAAUGAGCACUCGUUCAAAUCUCAGCUCCGCUCCACAGUUUUCACACUGUGUCUGUUUCUGUCUACAUGGGCGCUAGGAGCUUUGGCAGUGUCUUUGGGACGGUUUCUGGAUAUGAUAUUCAGCUGUCUUUAUGGCGCUUUCUGCGUCACUCUGGGCCUCUUUCUUCUCAUUCAGCACUGUGCCAAGCGUGAUGAUGUGUGGCACCGCUGGUGGGUUUGUUGCCCAGCCAAAUCCAAGACCAAGGAUGGAGAUUCGAACAGACAGAGCCAGAGGCAAGAGCUCCAUCAAGCGCAUUGUCACCUAAACUCUCCGUGCUCGGGCAAACAGCUUCCCGCACACCUCGUACCGAGCUCAUAUCACAAAAAGGCUCCCGCCCCGUCCCAAAAUCUCACACCCAGUCACGCAUCUUCUUGCUGUGUGGCCGUGAUGGCUCCAACUGUAGCUGCCCCAAUGUCACCGUUCACGGAGUCGGCGCCGUCGUCGCGUCCUCAAGCCCUAUCUGACGAGCCUCCUCAUCCUUCUGUUCUUCUACAGAGUUGCCUUAUCGACAGAACAAAAUCCCGCUCGUUCAAUCACCCCCGUCCAUGCCUCAAGGACUACCGCUCUCAUCUGGCCUCAAGCAGCAUGGAUGGGAGUGUCCUCAGCUAUCAGAUGGAAACCCCUCACCCUGCACACUACCUUGAGGGCUCAUCGCUUUCCAACAGCCCGCACCCAGAACUGCAGAUCAUUUGCCCUAGCCCUCACUUAGACCAGGAGUUAGCAUCCUGUCACAGUUUGCAGCGCCAGACCUCUUGCCACAGCGUUCAAGACUCGCUCACCUCCAGCCACAGCCUUCUUCUGCCUUCCCAUGGAGCACACGCCUGCCAGUGGCACUUGUGCAGUUCCGCCGAUCACGUUUGUUCCACAACCUGCUCCGAAAAACCGGACACCUGCAGCUUUCUAUACCCGGAUGUGGAUACGUACAGCUGCAUCUCAGAGUCCACGGAGAAAGAGAAGCACGCUUUACUUGUGCAAAUGGAGCCAAAAUAUUUUCCUAGAAAUACAAGUACGCUGCCUCGUCAACACACUGCUAUCAGCAAACGAGGCACUAUAGGCAGAAACCGUAGCCUGCAGGAAGAUCUGUCAGACGCCACCGGGAACAUACGGACUGGACCUUGGAAGAAUGAAACUACUGUAUAGUUUUCUAAUACUUGCACUUCAUAGUUUCGUAAAUGUUUAGCUCUGACUGCCCUCCGCUUUGCCUUCAAACCACAAAUACUCGGGAUCCUUCAGAACGUCUUUCAGAUCAGGCUGCUAUCCGUCAUUCCGAGACCGAUACCUACUAUCCAAUAAGGUACUGGAGCACCUAUGGUCAUACGAAUGCGGCCUUUCCAUGUGUAAGAACUCACUCGCUAAAUGUACUGCAAAAAAGGCCAGUAAGGAUAAUUCAUAAUGCCGCCUACAGAGAACAUACUAACUCCUUAUUUCUAAAAUCACAAAUACUUUCAACUUGCUGAUAUAGUUCAUCUUCAAACAGCUAAAAUAAUGCAUAAGGCUAAAAAUAACCAAUUAGCUAAAAAUGUCAUCCAAUACUUCUCUACAAGAGAGGAGAAAUAUGAUCUCAGGGAAGAAGUACAUUUGAAACACUUCUAUGCUAGGACUACGUUAAAAAGCCAUAGCAUUUCAGUAUGUGGAAUCAAACUAUGGAAUGGAUUGAGUAAGGACCUCAAACAAUGCACAACGAUGAGCCAAUUCAAGAAACAAUACAAGCAGUUGAUGUUUGCUAAAUACAAGGAUGAAGAGUCUUGAACCAGUCAUGAUGUGCUAUAUAUAUCACUAUAUUGACACUUACUAUGGUACACAUUAUGUCAUUGGAUGCUCAUAUCACCUUGUACUUCAGUACGGGACAAAAAAUAAUAAAUUAAAAAAUAAAAUAAAUUAAAAUUAAAGAGUAAAAAAUUAAAUUACAUUAGGAAAGCAGGAAGUGAACAAAUGUAACAAUUACUGAUUGUAAAAGUACCAGAUGGAGGGGUAGGAUUUAAUAAGCUUUGCUUGUACGCAUACGGCAUAAUAUGUACGCAUACGGCAUAUGCAAAUAGGCAUGGGCCUUGUGUGUGCACCAUGACCAUAUUUUGAUUACCAAAAAAAAACAGGACAUUUUGCCGGGCUGUGAGAUGGCAGACAUCCAAACGGUUUACUCAAAGAUGCCUUAUCAUUUCAAUCAAUUUAAAGGAAAACGUCGCUUUUUUUUAUGUGACCAGACAUAUUUCUCUUUUCCUGCAUGUUCUGAAGAGAGAAAAACUAGCUAGCAUGUGGGGGCUAACAUUCCUACCCUCACCUUGUUUGUUUUUUUCGGCUUUUCCCCGAUUACGGAGUCGCCAUAGUGGAUCUUUUGGAGCGUAUCUUUAUAUUCCGGAUGCCCUUCCGGAUAUUCGAACCCGAGGCAUCCUCUCCAAAGUACAGAACACUAACCACUACUCCACAGCGGGUUUGAUCCGGUCACUUUGGCUAGUGACCGAAAUGAGUUGGCCGGACUCACCCUAAGAGAUAGGGUCAGGCGGUAGUUCAGAGAAGGAGCUCCGUCACAUCCAUAAAAGCCAGUUGGGUCAGUUGGGCAUCUAGUCUGGAUGGCUCCUGGGCGCCGAACCUGGGCACUGUUUUUGGAAUUAGGGGUUUUGGGGGAGUGAGCAACCACUUCAGUUUCCCCUUGUAUAUUAUUCAAAACCUAUAACAUAAACCAACAAACCUUUACGUCCUGCAUAGUUUACCGUCAAUGAUAUAUGUUUUGUGUACGACGUGCACAAUUUCAUCUGCCAUGCAUGAGUGAUUGUGUGAUGUAACAACGUUUUGGUGCAGUGUGAGCAUGUGUGUAUUUAAUGUGUACAGCUUCAUGUGCAUGAUGGAAAUCUUCUGUUUGCAGUGGAUUUAUUGUCAUUUCGCCCACAUUAGGGAUGCUUGAUAUCAUCUAGUAUAUAUAUAUAAAGUGAUGAAAACUUAAAACUGUGCAACAACGCCAACAGUUGUAAAAAUCCAAAACUUAUAAUAAAUCCAAAAUGCCAACUUUUACUGUGAUCUUAUUGAAAUUUUUUUGUCUCAUAUGUGCUUAAAGUGAUAUUGUUAGCUAAGAUGUGAUUUUUUUGGGAGGGUUAAUUGGCAAUUCUAAAUUGUCCAUAGUUAUGAAUGUGAGUGUGAAUGGUUGUUUGUCCUUCUGCUCUGUGAUUGGCUGCUGAAAUCACGUGUUUUUAUUAUCUAUAAGCAACAAUAAUUAACAUUUCAAGAAAUAAAUGUUUGAAAUGUUUCACUCUAUGUGUAAUGAAUCUGUAUAAUAUAUUGGUUUCACAUUCUGAAAUAACUUUUUCAUGAUAAUCAAAUUUUUUCACCAAUGAAGAGAAAUACGAAAUACAGAUACGAUGAACCAUAGCAAACAAAACGUCAAAUGUUGUGCUGUUUUCUUGAAGACCAAUAAACUAUGUAUCCAGAUGCAGACUCUUUCUUUUACCGCCACCUACUGUACCAGAAUGUGGACGUGUUGUGUUCAAGCGCAGUGACAAUCUAGUAGACAAUCCAGGAGGCAUCCUAACCAGCCACCUCAUCUGGCUCAUCUGGUGGCCAGCCAAUCGCAGGGCACAUAUAGACAAACAACCAUUCACACUCACAUUCAUACCUAUGGACAAUUUGGAGUCGCCAAUUAACCUAGCAUGUUUUUGGAAUGUGGGAGGAAACUGGGGACACGGGGAGAACAUGCAAACUCCACUUUUAGCUGUGAGGUCUGCGCGUUAACCACUCGACCACCGUGCAGCCUUAUUUUUAUUCAUUCAUUCAUUUUCUACCGCUUUAUCCUCACGA